AUGCUCAUUGCGGCCAAGAAGAUCGCGGUGGCACUGGCUGCAGGGAACUCGGUGGUGGUCAAGCCACCCGUCGAGGCGCCCCUUACGGUGCUGCGCUUGGCCGAGCUCUUGCAAGAAAGCGGGCUGCCGCCCGGCGUCCUCCAGGUAGUUCCCGGAGAAGGUCCAGAAGCUGGCGGGGCGCUGGCCCGGCACGAGCGAGUGGAGCGCGUGGACUUUACGGGCGGCACGGAGACGGGGCUUCUCAUCCAGCGCACCAUGGCCGAGGCAGGACGCGUCCGCGCCUAUUGCGCCGAGUUGGGCGGCAAUGCACCCAUCCUCGUCUUCUCGGACACGCGGAGUGUCCAAGAGGCUGUGGAUGGGGUGGCUUUCGCUGCAUUUGUGGCUUCUGGGCAGACGUGUGUCAGCGGCAAGCGGAUCCUCGUUCAGAAUGAAAUCUUCGAGGAAUUUAAGGAGCGACUCGUUCAAAAAGCAGAGCAGCUCCGACUCGGUGACCCAUUGAAGACAGAAACGGAGAUCGGCCCGGUGAUCUCCAAAAAGCAGCUCGAGCGGAUCGAAAGCCAAGUGGAGCGUGCCAUCGUGGCCGGUGCCAGAGCUUUGACGGGGGGAAAAAGACCACCAAGAGAUCGCUGUGAGCUUGCCGAUACGGGACACUUCUUCGAACCCACCGUGCUUUCUGAGGUUAGCCCAAGCAAUCCGGCUUUUGCCGAGGAGAUCUUCGGUCCCGUGGUCUCUUUGUCGAACUUCGAGGCCGAAGAGGAUGCACUGGCGCUGGCCAAUGCCUCGCAGUACGGCCUGGGAGGUGCCAUCUGGACGGAAGAUGUGCGGAAAUCCCUCCGUGUGGCUCGCAAGCUACGAUGUGGGCUCAGCUGGGUGAAUUGCCACCACCGCAACGACCCCUCGAGUCCCUGGGGUGGCUUCGGCCAGAGCGGCAUCGGCAGGGAGAAUGGGCCCGAAGCCUUUGAGGAAUACACCACUACCCAAAGUCUAACAAUCCGCAACAGUGACACGGCCGAGAACUGGUUCGGAGGAGCCUCCGUGUCUGAGCUGAUCUACCAGCAGCUCCUGGCCAAGAAGGAGCACAGUGGCAUCGACGCCUGGUAUCAGGAAUACGUCAGUGAGGCAUGGCAAAAGCGGAACAAUCUCCAGAAGACGGACAUCGAGAGGCAAGCCAAGUCGUGCGGCGAGAACACGCCCAUGUGGGUUGAGGCACUCUCGGCCGGCAUGGAGCUUGCUGCUGAGGUCUUCGAGGAGAAGGCCGAGCGGCUGCGCAGCGAGGUGGCUCGCGAUGUCGUGCUGGAGCUUUUGGAGUCCUUGUCUCCCAAGCUCUGCAUCUCGCACUACGCCCGCUGCGGCCUCGGACAGAUUGGUAUCAGAGCGGUAGUUGGUGUGCUGUGGCACUUUGACGCGGAUGCAGAGGUGGCGGGCCUUUGUGCUGACUCUUUGCGGUGGGCCAUCGCAGGGAAUGAGCAGAAUCGCAACAUCCUGCUGGAUCUUCACAUACCAACCUCGCCAAGCGAAGCCAAGGGCUCCCUGAGCUUCUCGCGAGUGGCCAUGGGUGCAUUCCUGUUCCAAGCUGGCGGGAAGAGAUGCAGGGAGGAGGCACUCACGACCCGCAGCGACACGCAGCCACUGCACAGUCGUUAUCACCACCAUGAUAUCAAACCUCCGCAACCACGUGAACUCCCCUGCAAUGGCUCGAGAAGGGAGCUGAGCAGUUUCUUUUCAUACCCCGGGAUCCCAUCGUUUCGGAGCCAACGGCCUCAAGAGAAGCAGCCGUUCACCCCUGCGCCCCAUUUUGUGGCUUUCGGGGCUCCUCACCCCGGCGCCGAUCUUCUUGAUGCGUUGGGCUCGAUCCCGGAAAGAACUGUGCAGACAUGUCGCCAGGGCGCUGCAGCCACCGAGGCCGUGUUUGCGCCAAGUCCAGCAUCCAAGAGGGUUGGGGGCAGUCGCCAGGUGCUUCAGGAUCCUGCCGUGGCCGUGAAGCUGGCAGCUUGCCUCCUGGCAGCCGGAGACGCCGGAAGCUUGGACAGCGCGCUGUGCCGCUGUGCGUUUGGCACAGCCCGUACCACGGUUCCUGACACGUGGUUCCCACCGGUGGAUGUAUUGUCUCAUGAAUAUGCCUGCUCAUCAUCUCAGCGGUUGCAUGGAGCGACCGGAGGCGUGGAUCAAGUUGCCGCAGACUGGGGAGCUUAG